GUUUUACGUAUCAUAUUAUCUCAUACAAUAAUUUUUGUUUUAUUAUUAAACUGCAGCAGAGAGAUUUUUACUGAGUGACUUCAACAAAAAAGAACGUGUUGUUUUAACAUGAGUGGAGCUUCGGCCGAAAAGGAGGACGAUGGAGGAAAAAUACUUGAGACUCUCGUAGAAGCAGGUUUUGAUGUGGUUUUGUUCAUCCAAUCGGUACGGACAAACUACAAAAACGUGGAUAAUUUGAGUGGACUGGACAUUGAAACCAAGGAAACCUACUUGAAAAUCAGAGAGAACACCAGAAAACAGUGUCUUAUUUACUCAAAACAUGUUCUCCCUCUGACAAUUGACGUCUUCAAGAAGAUUUCCUCACUGAUGGAUAAUUUCGCCGAUAUCGAACCUGAGAAAUGGAUAUUAUCUCUUUCAGAUACUAGGAAAAAAUUGAAAGAUGCAAAAUCUUCAUGUGAAAAUUUAAAAAAUAUUCACAACGAAAUUAUCCGAAACUUGAAGGCAAAUCAUGCUGAAGCUGAAUCUGCGACCGAUGAAUUCAAAAAAAUUGAAGAAAAUUGCCAGGAAAGCAUAAAGGUUUUGCAUGACGAAGCCAAAAAGGCGCAGAGAAGUGAACAAAAUGCGAAUUUCUGGGGAAAGGUUCUUUCUGUUCCAACAUUUGGAAUUGGUUAUGUAAUCGCCGGUUCGGUCGCGGAGAACCACAAAAAGCAAUCGCAGACAAAAGAUGAAGAAGCUGUAAAACUAAAGAAGGACAUGGAAGCUGUUAAGAGAGCUGUGUCUAUGAGCCAUGAGCUGGAAUUCAUAUUGGAUCAUCUUCUGGAACGUUUACAAUCAAUCUUUGAGUUCAUUGGCAUGUGCGAGUUGAACGUGGAAAAAAUGGUCGACCGUACAAAAGAGGCAAAAUCUUCGAAUGAUGACAGGGAUGUGCAUUAUAAAACUACGAAGAAAAGAGCUCAAGAAAUAAGAGGAUUAUGUGACACAUUCGUGACAAGUACGGCACCCAGCUUGCUAAACAAUCUGGCUCUGAUUCCUAGUCAACCAGAAGACGAGACGUUUUUGCAAGAAUGGAAGGAAAGCCACAAUAUCACUCUCGCUGCUGCGCAAUUGCAGCUAUCUGAUCCAGAUACAAACUCAACUAAAAGUAACGAGAUAAACAAGGGGAAGAACCGAAGGAAAGAAGGUCAGAACAAUUAA